AACCUCAUCCCGCAAACUCGACCAAUCCUAUCGGAGCACACAUUCCUGAUUAGAAACGUCCGUUCCUGAUUGACGGAUGAAUGCACGAAUCAGAAUGCCUUCAAAUACGGCAAUAUCAUAGCCGACUGGACAUUGGAGGGCGUUUCCUACCGGGCACAGUAGGCUUUGGGCACUAAUAAAAGUGGGUGGGAUCUAUAUCUUAAAGGAAAGAUCCUUUUCAUCGGUCGACUUUCUAAAGCACCAGGAUUGGUCAGUGCGCCUGCGCUCCUUUAAUGGAUGGGCGGAGCUCGGGCAGGCCUGAGACACUGAGAGUAUUAAAGAGGCAGCAAAAGACAAUUCAGGGGUUUUCCCCUUUCCUGCUUUUUAAACCAUGGAUGCUGCUGGGCCCCUCAUCCAUGUUGACUUUCCAGAUGUAGCAAGUUCCCUUCUUGAGAGCCUAAAUCAACAACGGAUGGAGGGAAAACUAUGUGAUGUGUCAAUACAUGCGCAGGGCCGUGUAUUUCGUGCUCAUCGUGCAGUGCUUGCUGCUUCCUCCCCAUACUUCCAUGACCAAGUAUUGCUUAAAGGCAUGAGUUCUGUUUCUUUGCCAGGAGUUGUGGAUCCAGGAGCAUUUGAAGCUGUAUUAUGUGCUGCUUAUACUGGACGUCUGACUAUGUUAGCUGAUGAAAUUGUGAACUACUUGACUGUGGGUAGUGUUCUUCAGAUGUGGCAUGUAGUUGAUAAAUGUUCAGAGCUGCUGAAAGAAUCUCGAGGAGGUAGCAGCUGCGGCAUUGGGGAAGGAGCAGGUAGCAUUACUGGUUUUACUCCUCAGCAUCCUCACUCAGGCAGGGCAAGUGAGAAUCAGUCACCAAGCAGUAGUAAUUAUUUCAGUCCUCGGGAGGCUCCUUCAGAACCCUGUGUAGAAAGGAGCCGAAGGAGGAGUGAAGUGGCUAGUGAAGGAGCAGAAGAAGCAGUUGGAGAACCAGAGCAAGGAGGCAGGGAGGCUUCAGUUGCAAGCUGUUCUAGUUACAGGCGACCCAGCAUAGUGCCUCAACGACACUGGGUAUAUGUGAAAAAAGAGCGUCCGCACCAGGCUCUGCUAUUGACUUGUGAGGGAGAAGAGGAAGAGGAUGAUGAGCUGGAGGAAGACCAACUGAGCAUAAGUGAUGUCCGCACUCUGAAUGCGCCUGAGGAGCAAGUGAACUUUUGUGAACCAUCAGAUGGUAUGCCAUAUGAGGAGUCGGGGCCUGGGUCAGGUUACCCACAGGGUCCUCCUCUUCUUCCCUUGGAUAUGCAAGGAAACCAGCUGCUUGUUUUGCCCUCAGGGCAUGGGGCAGCAGGACAAGGUGGUGCUGGUACAAGCCCUGGAGGAGAGGGUGGUAAGAUAUUUCUUUGCCAUUGUGGAAAGGCAUUUUCUCAUAAAAGCAUGCGUGAUCGCCAUGUCAACAUGCACCUCAAUUUGCGCCCCUUCGACUGUCCUGUUUGUGGAAAGAAGUUCAAGAUGAAGCACCACCUGACAGAACACAUGAAGACGCACACAGGUGUAAAGCCAUAUGAGUGUGAAGUGUGCGCAAAGAAAUUUAUGUGGAGGGACAGCUUCAUGAGGCAUCGUGGCCACUGUGAAAGGAGGCACAGGGCCAGUGCAGGGGGAGGUAUAGUCCAAGCUCUAAAGGAUGAUCCUCCUGUGUGAGCUGGAAAGAGUGGAGCCAUAUGGAGAAAUGGAGCAGAAAAGACUUCUGCCUGAGAUCAAGCAGUGGGAGAGAGAAGCAGUAGCUUAGUUCAAGGGAAACAGCAGAAGGUCAAAAGACCAGCAAGAAAAUAUAAAGUUUGUGCAAGGGUUGGGGUAAGGAAAAUCUAGUGAUCAAAGGCAGAAUAUACCAUGGGGGAGAAACAGCUAUGUGUCAAUAUUUACUUUUCAUCUUUAUUUUCAUCCUUAUUCCUUAUUUUGACCUUUCAUAUACAAAAUCGAAUGAUAUAGGCAUCUAUAUAAGAGGCCUGUCUUCCAUGGAAGUUGUCCAAUUACUGUAGAUCAGUGAUCCCCAACCAGUAGCUCGUGAGCAACAAGUUGCUCCCCAACCCCUUGGAUGUUGCUCUCCGUGGCAUCAAAGCACGUGAUUCUUUUUGAAUUCCUGACUUGGAGGCAAG